AUGGCCGGAUUAACUAUUUACUCGAUGCUGCUUCUCGGAACAAGUCUAGCCGUUCUUGGGUCACAGCAUUCUCCUUACUCGCUACAGGCUGCCAUCGAUGCUCUGCACCGCCGGGAGGCACAGCUGGCAUUGCGUGAGGAAGCGGCCGCCGAGCAGCUGGACGAGGACGGAUACUGGAUGGAGCCGACGGCAGACGAGCAGCAGCAGCAGCAGUUUCGCCCAAAUCGCCAGCGCCUGAAUCGGAUUCUGGCUAACUACCUGCGGCGUGACGAAGAACCUGAGGAGGCGUACGAUCCAUACGACCUAGAGGCACGCAAGCGCUCCGUCUUCCGGGAAAGAGAUGAACUGCCCUCCUACCCGACGGUGUUCCGCGAGCGCGAGCUGGAAAAGACCUACCCCCGGCCGGACCUUUCAUCCGAGUUUCUAAAGGAGGUGGACCGCCAGGCUGCGAUGGAGCGCGACGAAGAGUUCCAGGAUCGACUGCAGCGCCUUUGGAACAAGUACCAGCAGGAGGAAAACGAAAUCGAACAGCAGCUAUUUGAGGAUGAACAGAUGGCUCCUCUGCUCGCCAACGGAUACGAGAAGCGACAGGGAUUCCCCGUGUCACAGUCAGAACCCUCCGCCAUGUACGGCCCGCCGAUGGAGGAACGCAAGCGAACGCUCCCAAUUCUACCCUGGCUUCCGGCGACGCGCAAGAAGCGGUUCCCGGUGGCGAAACGCUCACCCAAACCGGAAGCUCCAACAUUGUCCGGAACCGAUGAAAAGGUGGCCAAAGAUUUGCAGGCCCUCUUCGGGGCACCGUCGAUGGAGAAGGAGAAGCGUAAGCGAUCGAGCGAACCGGUACAUGCGCCCAGUUCCACCGUGAGCUCUGGAGUGGCCUCUGUAAGCUCCACGCCCGGGUCCACCACCGAACGAGUUGGAUCGGAGGCGACCAAGACCAAACGGGAUUCGAGCGAUGAACACCACGAGCACAGCUCGGAGGAAGGCCCCGACGAAGAGGAUCACGAUCAUGACCACGAGCACGAUCACGAGGAGUCUAGCGAGGAGUUCGAGGGUGAGGACGACGACAAGAAGAAGCGAUCAGUGCGGAAACGCUCGAAUCUGGAGGUGGUAAAGGAGGACCAGAUCUUGCCAGGCGACAUCGGUGAGUUCAAGUCGAAAAAGUCGAUCCAGUGGAACAAGUACUUCGGCAUAGAUCGCAGGAAAAAGGAUGGCCGCAGUGAAUCGGGACCGAUGGCAGCAAAUGGUGCCCGCGAGUACCCGCUGAGCUUCUACAAGUCGUACGACGAGGAUCGCAAGAAGAAGAUGGUCAACCAGGACAAACUGGAGGGCAUGGAUCAGAAGCUGAAAAACAUCGAAGACCUCAUCCUGGACCAGACGGUCAAGUAUACCGGGGAUCAUGAAGGACUUGUUGAGCCGGACGAGCUACAGAAACUGAAGGACAAGGUGGUGGCCCGGCUGGCGACGGCCUACAGCAUCGAGAAAAUGCGUCACACUCUAGAAAAGCUGAAGGAAUCGGUCAACGGUGAGCCAAACUAUCGCGUCAACGAGGUCGAGCCCGAUUUGAUGCUGGAAGAGAAAGAAAAGGCAAAACGAGUGGCGAUCAAGAAGGAGAAGGCUGAAUACGAUCAUAACCAGCACAGUAUGGAAGGAACCGACAAAGUAGCGCAUGAAGAGGUUGAAAAUAAUCUGGAUGAGUUGGAGGCCGAUAAGAAGAAGAAAAAGCGCACACAGAAACGCUACCAGGAGGUUUUCCGAGGUCUAGAGGAACCGGAAAUGGACGACGACUACAAUCGAGGAUUAGUUGUUGAGUCCACCGAUUGUCCGCUGUUGGAUGCUUUUGAACGUCGGUGUCGUGGUGUGGACGUCCUCAGUGGGGACAUCUAUCAGGAGCUUCUGCCAGCAUGCGGUGCCCAUCAGCUGUGUUACCUUUGCGGAGUUUCUCCUAAAGUCUGCGACCUUCAGUAUCUGUCCGAGGCGGAUAAUAUUUGCGAAACGCAACCCGACUGCCUGUCGACCGCCAGAUCGGUGUUGAUGAUUCUGCGUGGGUUCCCCGGACCGCAGCUCGGUCCCCGGGAGUGCGCCAAAAACCCUUGUCUCUAUCGGGCCAUGCUGGAAGUUGGCGUCGUUGUGAACUAAAGAGGCCACCAAAGCAGCAGCUCCGAUACCCCGACGUGUCUCAAAGUGAAAAGGUUGAAACAAUAUUUACCUAAGUUUACUACCACAGGAAAACACUUUAUUCCGCUGGCGUACGAUUGCAAAUGAAUUGACCAUGGCUGUAUAUUUAGUCGGGGAGGAAACAGAAUUGACGCAGGUCCACUACAAUAAGGACAUGCGAUGGUCCAACCUCCCCAGCAACGUCGCUUGCACAAUAAAGUAUGAAACAACGAUGAUCAGUAUAACGAGAAGACUCCCCGGGGGAGAGGACCAGAUCGCGAGUUUGCCAUCCUGGGCAGUGGAGGAAAACCUGAUACAUUUCUUAACCUGCUUCUGGUUCUCCCUCUCUCUUUCUAACACACACACACACAUUCUAUCGCUACCAGCGACUGUAUCGAUUUGUUUAACCGAUUCACCUACUUAUGCGUAGGACAUGUUUUAAUCGCAUAUCGAUAACUAUGGAUGUUUAACACGCACACAUACACAUACUUUAAGGCCAGCGAUAAGCAUAUAAACAGCUUAUCGGUCAUUUUCUGUUGACGCAUACUGGUUGAGGCAUUCCCCAAACGGUGUGUGUAGGUCAGCAUAAAGAUAGAACGUCUAGGUGUGAACAUAAUCUCUAUGAGUAUUUUUCAAGUCGAGACAGAAAUAUCUAUUUGCUUGGUUUUUUUUUGUAUUUUGUUUCUUAACAAUGUGAGUACUAACAUACGAAAAUAAACAUUUUUGUCCAGCAUUAUUUACACAAGUAUGGAAAAGACAGCGAGGAAAAUAUUUGACAAAAAAAACAUAUAAAUUAUAAAUACAUGUACGAACACAAUGGAUUUACUAGUUGUGUGGAAAAGAAACUCUAUAUUGAAUCUAUAGUAUUUACAUAUACUGUGAAUGUGUUUAU